AUGGAUAUCUUAAAUGUUUUAAACAUCAUGGCCAUAGCCGACUUUUCCGUUGUCACUGAUAUUCUUAAAUUUAAAAGCAUACAAAAUAGCAUUAUAUUUCAUUGCUAUGACGAAAACUAUAUUUUGAAAGUGCAAAAAAUAUUCAUGGAAAAGAAGAUUCGUAUCGCAAAUUUUUAUGUAGCCAAUAACAUCACGACAGUUACUCCAUUGAAUUGGGUAGAUGGGCGCUCGAAAAUAGGUAUAAUUUUGGAUACUGGUUGCGUUAACUGGGAAAAUAGUUUUAAUGCUUUAAAGAUACCUUUUAAACCGCCAUUGACUUGGAUUUUAAAAGCAAAUAAUAUUUCAUCAGCUACCAAUAUUCUAUACAAAUAUCCAAUCGAAUUUGAUUCCGAUUUUAAUCUUAUAACAAACGCAGAUACUUGUUAUAAAAUAUAUGAAAUUUACAAUACAGGGUUCUACCAACAAGGUAGUUUCAUAUUUAAUAAUGUGGGACAAUGGGAUUCGAAAUUAUAUUUAUCAGCUAAGAGAGAUAAGUUGUUAACUGGUAUCAAUAUAAGGUUAACUGUUGUUUAUCCGGAACCUAUAGUUCAUGAGACCUUCGAACAUUUUCUUAAUCAACGGAAGAAAUUUCAAAUAGAUUCUGUACAUAAAUUGAAGUUUUGUACCUUAAUGAUGUAUCUUCGGGAUAUGUAUAAUUUCACAUAUAAACUCCAACGUACAACAUCAUGGGGCUACUUGCGUAAUGGCAGUUUUGAUGGAUUGGUUGGUGUUCUUCAAAGGAAAGAGUCCGACUUCGGGGGGUCCUCUGUAUUUUUCAGGAGGGACAGAUUUGAAGCCGUUAAUUACGCCGUUGAAACGUGGGGGGCUAGGAUUUGUUUCAUUUUUCGGCACCCGAAGUAUCCCGGUGGACUCUACGCAAUUUACACAAGGCCGCUCGCUAGUACCGUAUGGUAUUGUACGAUUGCCCUUUUGCUUGUGAUUGCGGCAUUUCUUUUAGCGCUUUUAAAACUAAACAUGCUUCAAAUCCCAGGAGACGAGCAGGACGUAUCUCCAUCGCUUGCUAUUUUGUUUAUGUUUAGCGCUUUGGGCCAGCAAGGCAUGACAAUACACAGGCGUUCUGCAACUAUUCAAAUUAUUAUAUUCAUUACUUUUGUUUUCACUUUAACGUUAUAUCAGUAUUACAAUGCUAUGAUAGUGUCCACUCUGCUGCGGGAGUCGCCAAAAACCAUCCGAACUCUUACUGACUUGUUUGAAAGUAAUCUUAAGGUUGGGGUUGAAGAUGUUAUCUACAAUAAAGAUUAUUUCAAGCGUACAACAAAUCCAGUUGCGAGAGCUCUUUACCACAAAAAAGUGGUUACACGCUAUGAGAAUAACUUCUAUCAACCCUUAAGGGGGAUGGGCUUAGUUAAGGCCGGUGGGUUCGCUUUCCACGUAGACACAAUUAUUGCGUACCCUACUAUGCGUUGGUCGUUCACAGAGUCUGAAAUAUGCGAGGUUCAAGAAGUUUAUAUGAUACCACCGCAGAAAAUGGGCGCCAUACUGCAAAAAGAUUCGCCGUAUAAAGAACACGUGGCUGUUGGAAUCCGAAAAAUGUUUGAAACUGGCAUUAUGAGCAGACUUAAAUCUCUGUGGGAUGAGCCAAAACCGUCAUGUAUUCGGACGCCAGAUACAACAGCUUUUUCCGUUAAUAUUCACGAAUUCUCUAUGGCGCUUAUUGUUUUAUCUGUGGGCAUGAUGUUGUCAAUUGUUAUAUUAUUUUGUGAAAUACUUUCGUUCAAAGCUACUCAACGACGGGUGUGUAAAUUUAGACUUUAGUUUUUAGAUGCACAAAAAAUAAAGCGUGAAGCGAAAUAAAACAUAAAUGUGUCUU